AUGAAAAGAGCGCCUCGGGAGAUAAUAUAUAACUUCUUGAAGAAACAAUCCUUGAAUAACUGCCAUCCUCUUGGACAGCGCGAGCUUACAUUUAUAGAAAGCUGCCGUUUUGUUGACGAAACUCUGUCUCAAGAAGGUAUAAAGACUGUCAGCCACCUUUGGAAGAUGAGGAAAAUAGUUAGUGGGUUCUCCGAUAAAUUCAUAGAUGAGCUGGAUUUGGUAGACGGGCUAAAUGACCACCAACGACGGUGCUUGAGACAUCUUGCCGAUAAGCUGGGAUCUGGGAAUCUGGGGAGCGCCACCAAGUAA